CAUGACACUGCAUGCUCUCUAUUCUUCAUGAAUCCAAUACGUUCUGAUGAAGAAACUUUCCGAAUGUAUAUGUAUGAUUACCUCAAGAAACGUGGAUUGCACCACACUGCUGAAGUUUUCCGACUAGAAGGCCAAGUUACUUCAAAACCUCCCAUUGAAAUUAAUAAAAAGCCACAUGGUUUCUUGAAUGAGUUUUGGACCUUACUCCAUGAUGAAUUGUAUAACCCUAGACUAAAAAUGCCACCACCCCCCAAUAAGGUCCAAAAUGUUGCUUCGAGGGACACUACUACCUCACAAAUAUAUCGAGAUGGAUAUUCUAUGCAACUCAUUGGAAAUUUUAAGGGCGGCAACACGCUUUCUUCCUGCGAUUUUCGUUCAGACGGAAAGGUUUUGGCAAGUGGCGGGUUUGGGAAGAAGGCUUUCAUUUGCUACAUGGAUACUUGUGAAUGUAUUAAUACUUCAGAGUCACAUUUAGGUCCCAUCUCAGAAGUUAGAUUUCAACCAAGAACAACUAUAUUUGCAACUUCUUCUCCUGAUAAAACAGUAAAAUUAUGGGAUUCAAACAACCCCAGAACCGAGUUGCUUGAUCUUGUUGGACAUAAGGGUGUGGUGAAGUCAUUGGAUUUCCAUCCAAAUGAAACACUUCUUUGCUCAUCUGAUAGCUUUGAUGUAAUCGAAGUAUGGGAUCUCGUUAAGUGUAUUCGGCUGAAAAACUUUAUGGCGGGUGGGCAGAAAAUACGAUUUCAACCUGUAUUUGGGAAGUUUUUGGCAAUUGCAAAUGGAAAUGCCAUCACCGUACUUGAUAUUCAGACUUGGAUGGUUCAAAACCGUUUUCAAGGACACAGCAAAGAAAUCCGUUCGAUGUGUUGGGACGCACAGGGGCAAAAGAUUGCGUCUGUUACUGAAGAUUGUGCACGUGUUUGGUCGAUUGCGGUGCGCGGGCAAUACCUUCAUGAGUAUAAAGCAAAUGGGAAGAGGUUUCAAUCCAUUAUAUUUCAUCCUAGAUACCCUAAUGUACUAGUUAUUGGUGCAUUUCAGGACAUUGAAUUGUGGAUUCCUGAGACUGAGCAAGUAUAUCUUAUUCCUUCCCAUACUAAGGCCACAGUUACUGGACUAGCAGCUUGUGUGCAAAACCAAUUCAUCGCAUCAUGUAGCAGUGAUCAUACUGUGAAAAUAUGGAAAUGAAGUUUCGGUUAAUGUCUUUGUUCCUGGUGUAAAUUUUCUUCCCUGCUUGACGUUUUAGGAAACUGUUAGAUAAUCUUUGUGCAAACGCAAUUUUUUCUCGUAGCU